AAACGCGGCAGCUCUUUAACGAGGGCGUCUUCCUCCUCUGCGCGGGACGAUAAAAAGCUGACGGCUUGUGCUCUUUUGGUGAGAAAUGCCUCCCAAAACCAAAAGAAAGGCUUUGGCAGACAUGCUGGAGGACCUGUCAAAGGUAAACUUUGAUAAGUUCUGCAGACAGCUGCUGGACCGCAGAGAGGAGCCCCGGGUCAGACGCAGCAAGGUGGAGGGCAAAAACUUCUUGGAUAUCGCGGACCUUCUGGUCUCAACUUUCACCGAGUCCCGAGCUGUGUCGGUGGCUGAAACCUUGUUGAGAGAGAUCGAGUGCUACGAGGAGGCAGACACACUCGUUGAGGACACAGGUGGACAAUCCUCCAAACCUGGUGGUUCCACUACAAGCCCCUCGGCUGGAGCAUGUGGUGAAGAUCCCAUGGCAGACGGUAGGUGCUCAGGGGUGCACUUCGUGGAUAAACAUCGAGCCCAGCUGAUCGACAGAGUGUGCGAGGUUGCGUCCAUUUUGGAUGAACUUCUCGACGAAAAAAUCAUCCAACAGGGGAGUUACGAUGAAAUCCUGGCUAUCCCUACAUCUCGAGAUAAGAUGAGGAAGCUCUACUGUGGCCCUUUGAAUGCUGCUGGACGUGACGGCAAAGACAUCCUCCUCAAAAUCCUCGAGAAAAAGGAGAGACCUCUCAUUGAUGACCUCAGGAGAAAGAAGUGAACAGUCUACCUGAGCAAAAUUUUUUUUAGACGAUAACAAUGGGAAAAUGUUAAUGAUAAUACUGUAUCUCUGUGGGGGUUUUCUACAAAAAAUAGCUUUUUCUGCCUUAAUUUUGUACUUGAAUUUUAUGAGAGAUUUCCUGUAAGUUUUAAACCAAAAUCAGAAAAUGUUUGUCAGAAAAACAUGUAAGAAAUCAAUGAUAAUCUUCAACAGACACGACAUGUUUUAUCUAACAAAUGCAGUUAGAGUCUGUUUUUUAAUCAAAUUAUUUUAUGAAAAGUAAAACAUGCACAAUCAUGAAUUCUUAUUUUGCAUGUAAAGCUGGUUUAAAAUGCCAUUUUUGCCAAAUAUCCAAAAAGAUUGUUUUAUCCACUUUUAUACUGUCCCAUAAGAAAAAGUCGUCCAAAGUUGAAAAUGUUCUCUUUUUUGGACACUGAUAUAAAUUUAUCAUGAAAUCUAA